UCGUCAACCGUCGUAUCCAGCUCAAAAAAUCUUCCUUUCUUCCUCCCUCCUAUGUUAUCUGUUAAGAGAUAACGUUAACACUGCUCAAAGAAUGGGAACUACCAUUCUCAAUACAUCGUUGUUCCUUGUGCAUUUUAACAGUUGGAGAAAAUUAAGUUCAAGAAUGAUGGAGUCUGACGUUUUUCGCAAACGAAGAAGGUUCAUUUCUGCAAAAUAUAAAGGUGAUGAUUUUGAAAGUGGAAAGAAGCUUUAUCUUGGUAUGGAUUUUGGAACAUCUGGAGCUCGGUAUGCUCUUAUUGACAAUGAAGGGAGCAUUCACGCUGAAGGGAAGAGAGAGUACCCCCUCUAUAUGAAAGAAGGAGGAAAAAAUGGAUUGGAUACAAUCAUGGAAAGACACACUCUUUUUACUCCUUGAUGAUGUUCCAGCCAGUCUUCGCCCAGCUGUUGCGUCCAUUGCAAUUGACGGGACCUCUGCAACAACUAUCAUCAUGGACAGCACGAGCGGAAGGCCAUUGUGUAGACCGUUCCUGUACAAUGAGAGCUGUCCUGAUGCUUUGCCCUUGGUGAAGUCUAUUGCUCCUGCAAAACAUACGGUCUGCUCUGGAUCUUCUACCCUUUGCAAGCUUGUCUCGUGGUGGAACUCUUAUGAUUCGAGCAAGGAAUCUGCGGUAUUAUUACAUCAAGCAGAUUGGUUACUCUGGCUACUUCAUGGCAAGCUGGGGGUGUCCGACUAUAAUAAUGCUUUGAAGGUUGGGUAUGAUCCUGAAAUGGAUUCCUAUCCAUCUUGGCUUCUAUCUCAGCCAUAUUCUCAUCUUUUACCUUCUGUUCAAGCUCCUGGUACUAAAAUUGGUUGUAUAAAGGAGGACAUAAGAACUAAUUUUGGUUAUCCAAAGGAUUGUGUUAUCUGUACCGGAACCACAGACAGUAUAGCAGCAUUUCUAGCAGCACGUGCUACUCAACCCGGGAAAGCUGUAACAUCUUUGGGUUCAACACUUGCAAUAAAACUACUUAGCACUAGAAGGGUAGAAGAUGCUCGAUUUGGAGUAUAUAGCCACCGUCUUGAUGAUAAAUGGCUGGUUGGAGGUGCUUCUAAUACGGGGGGAGCAGUUCUUAGGCAACUGUUCACAGAUGAGCAGUUGGCGAAACUAAGCGAGCAGAUAAAUCCCCUUGAAGCUUCUCCUCUUGAUUACUACCCCCUUCAAGCAGUUGGUGAAAGAUUCCCUGUGUCAGAUCCAAAUAUGGAGCCAAGGCUACAUCCACGUCCAGAAAAUGAUGUUGAAUAUUUACAUGGUAUUCUUGAAUCAAUUGCUCGCAUUGAGGCAAAGGGGUAUAAGUUGCUGAAAGAUCUAGGGGCCACUCCCGUCGAAGAAGUGAUCACUUCUGGAGGAGGCUCAAAGAAUGAAAAAUGGAUAAAGAUACGAGAGAGAGUACUCGGUUUGCCUGUGUGCAGAGCAGAUCAGACUGAAGCUGCCUAUGGAGCUGCAUUGUUGGCUAUCAAAGGCUCUUCUUAAAAUAUAAUAUAGCAUCUCACUGGAAAAUGUAACAUUUUUAUUCCCUUUUUAAGACAUAGUAUGACAAUAAACUGGAAUGCCUGUUCCCAAUUCAUCUCUAUCAUGUAUUAGAUUUUGGACAAUGAACCAUAAUAAUUAUAGGCAGAAAACAUAUAUUAAUUA